CGCAACUUCGACGCCAUAAUAAUAGUUUUAAUAGAAGAAGAUACAAGCACAGCAAACCAACGCCACCGUCGUCUCUUCGUGAGGGUUUGGAAGUGAAGAAGAUGAAGGAGAAGCCGUUUUGAGGAGGGAGUGAGACCAGAUGGUAGCAGAGAAUUCGCCCCAGAUUGGGAGAUGAAGGCGGCCCUCAACUCCCUGCACGCGCGGCCGGCGGCGAUGGGGGCCGAGCGGAAGUGGAUCGCCCCCCUGGCCGUCGGAGCUACCGUCUCCCUUGUCCUCCUCCUCUGUCUCACCACCUUCUCCUCCCCCGACGACCCCCUCGCCCUCCUCCCCCUUUCCCUCCUCCCUUCCGCGCUCCUCUCCCAUCCCUCCAAUCCCUUCGCCGCCCUCUACGCUCCCGUCUUCGUCGAACCCAAGCUCCGCCCCACCCCUCCCUCCUCCCAUCUCCGCCCCUCUCCGCCCCCGCCCCGCCUCGCGUACCUUAUCUCCGGCACCGUCGGCGAUGGCAAUAUGCUCAAGCGUGUCCUCCUUGCCGUCUACCAUCCCGCCAACCUCUACGUCGUCCACCUCGAUCUGGAGGCCUCCUCGGAGGAGCGCGACGACCUCAGGAAUUAUAUUGCCGGCCACCCGCUUUUUGCGUCUGUCAAGAAUGUGAGGAUGAUCACCAAGGCGAACUUGGUCACGUACCGUGGGCCGACCAUGGUGGCCAACACUCUCCAUGCUGCGGCUAUUCUGCUGAAGGAGGGUGGCAACUGGGAUUGGUUCAUUAAUCUCAGUGCAUCGGAUUACCCGCUUGUCACCCAAGACGAUCUGCUGCACACUUUGUCGUACUUACCGAGGGAUCUCAACUUCAUCGAUCAUACCAGUAAUAUUGGGUGGAAGGCGUUCCAGAGGGCGAAACCCAUAAUUAUAGAUCCAGGGUUGUAUAUGUCGAAGAAAGCUGAUGUUUUCUGGAUCCCUCAGAGGAGGAGUGUGCCUACUGCAUUCAAACUAUUUACAGGUUCUGCAUGGAUGGCACUCUCCCAUUCCUUCAUCGACUAUUGCAUAUGGGGCUGGGAAAACCUUCCACGAACAGUGCUCAUGUACUAUGCCAACUUCAUCUCCUCACCAGAAGGUUACUUCCACACUGUCAUAUGCAACGCAAAGGAAUUCCGCAAUACCACUGUCAAUCAUGACCUCCACUUCAUCUCAUGGGAUAAUCCUCCGAAGCAGCACCCGCACUACCUAAGCAUUAAUGACAUGUCGCCCAUAGUAGAUAGCAAUGCACCAUUUGCACGGAAGUUCCGCAGGGACCAUCCUAUACUCGACAAGAUCGACGCUGAGCUAUUGUUCCGUCGGCCAAACAUGAUUGUUCUAGGAGGGUGGUGCGUAGGGAGCAGAGAAAACGGCAGUGAUCCCUGCCUGGUCAUUGGGAAUACCACCAUCCUUCGACCAGGUCCUGGUGCAAUCAGGCUGGAGCGACUUAUGCUGUCUCUCUUGUCGGAGGAGAAUUUCCGCCUGAGACAGUGCAAGUAAUCACAUGAUAAUCGUUUUAGGUAAAAAGUAUUUGGUUCAAUUCACUUCCAGUAUUUGGUUAUUAGUGAAAAAUAUAAUAUAGUACACGGUCCAGGCCAAAGAGACCUGUGCCAUGGCUAAAACAGAGUGUCUAAAGAAGCAUGAUUUGUGUCUGAUGUUGUGAAAGGGACAGGAUGCAGGUUUUAUUCUGUGGUGACAGACCCUUUGGAACACAUCUUAUACUAAAGUUUUAUUUAAUCUUAAAAGACUUUCCAGUGCAUAGU